UAGACCAUAGUCGUAUUCUCGGAAUUGGACUGGAACUAGCUUUCAAUGGAGGCUCAUGCGGAGUACCUUCAUCUAGUUUCCCCUCCUUCCACCACACACAAUAGAAAACUCUGUACACCGCAAAUGAGAUAUUCACGGUAGCCAUGACAGAACAUUGCAGUAUGGGCAUCCUUGGAGACCCAGGACCCGGGGGAUACUCUUCAAAGUUCUAUACGGGGAGGCUUUUACCUUUUCGUCCCACUCAUAUUUAUUCUCGCUCAUGCGGUGGGAUGCUUCGGAAGAGCUUCGGGUCCAACGAAAGCCAGCCGAUAACGUCGAUCGCUUGACCGAAACGUCGCCAUUACCAUUUCUCGAAUUUGGCUCAGGAACGGGAGCAAAUCCGAGCAAUUUUAGAAGGUCUGAUAGCAUGAAUAGAUUAGACAUAUAUGCAGAUGCUGUGAGCUGGUUAGAGGAAGCUGUUUGUGAGAGUCAAAAAAGAGACCAUGUUAAUCUUGACAUGUUGAUUUGCAACUGUGAAAAUGCAUCCCAUUGUGUUCAGAUGCUCAUACCAAUGGAGGAAGAUUCACUUAAGUUGGUAAGUACUGUGUGUACUAUAGUCUCACUUCACACUUUUUUUUUACAGACUACUUGUCUUGAGACACUUUGUAGCAAGAAAAGGCAGCUUGAUUGUGGAAAUACUUCUGACUUAGAAAUGGAUCCAAUAAAGAGUGAAAAUCAUCAGUGUAAAAGGCGAAAAAUUGCAAUUCAAGACACAGUUGUUCAGAAGGGUAGUAUUAAAUUUUGUGAUGUUGUGGGGCUCAACGAUGCAAAGCAAGCAUUGAAGGAAGCCAUCAUUAUGCCACUACAGUUCCCACAUCUGUUUACGGGUGGCCGACAACCUUGGAGAAGGAUACUACUGUAUGGACCACCAGGAACAGGUAAAACAAGGUUGGCACAAGCAGUGGCCUCAGAGAUCAACUCUAUAUUUUACAGUGUGUCCAGUUCUGAUCUAAUCUCCAGCUGGGUUGGGGAGAGUGAAAAACUUAUUAAAGAGUUAUUCCAUAAUGCAAGGAAUCAGCAAGUACAAUCUGUAAUAUUCAUAGAUGAAAUUGAUAGCAUCUGUAGAAAAAGAAGUUCGCGUGAAGAAGAGUACACACGGAGAAUAAAGACUGAGUUGCUGAAACAGAUGGAGGAGGCUGAUCACAAUUCACCUCGUCAACACUUCAUUCUGCUGUGUGCUACCAACUGCCCCUGGGAACUAGACACUGCCUUCCUAAGACGAUUUCAGAAAAGAAUAUAUAUUCCACUACCAGACAAAGAGGCACGCAUCACACUGAUAAAGAUGCACUUGGCAGCCACCCCUGCAUCACUGACCAUAGAGGACUGGUGUUUGCUAGGUCAGAAAACAGAGGGUUUCUCAGGGAGUGAUCUGUCAAACUGUACUUCAGACGCCAUGUUUGAACCAAUCCGUGAACUUGAGAAAAACGCUCACUGGAAGCUUAAUGAAGAUUUGUUUUAUGUGCCUUGCCAAGCGAUCGACGAGAACUGCAUAAACUCAUCUAUGAAAGAUCUCCCACCGGGAAAGAUUCAACCUCGCCCCGUGAAAGUUGAUGAUUUCCUGAACAUAUUGUCACACCAUACCAGCACUGUAGCAAAGGAAGACCUGCAAAGAUUUGAACAGUUUACCAUCAAUCUUGGGCAGAGAGGAUAGUUCUCAACAGCAAACCUGUCUUGAUGGUCUGUCACAACAGGGCGUUAAAUGAGUGUCCCAGUCGGAUUGGAGUCCAGGGGCCCGUUUCUAGAGGGUCCCGAAAAGUUCUCGCACCCGGAAAGCCGUAGCAAAAUCUUAAAACUUAUGAUUACAGCCGCGCUGUUUUAUUCACAAAUUCUUCAUAUGAACAGAGGCUCUCUUCACACAAGAAGUUUCAGGCACAUACACACCUCUGUUUUUAGGGUUAGGCUUUGCGGAAAAUGGCUUUGCGGACCCGAAAAGUUUCCGGGGCUUUCGGGAAACGGGCCCCAGGUCCAUUUAUCUUUCAGUGAGACUGACCACAAACAGUCCUUUGCGCCCUUUGAGAUCCUUCAAUCCAACUUGCACUAUAACACGGAUAGUGUUGGAAUCUUGAUAAACUGAUCAUAUUUUUACCAAGUUUAUUUGGAUGAAAUGAACGAAAUAUGAAAGUGGUAGUAUAUAAAUAAGAAUGGUACCAGCGUAAAAUAAAACCAUAUUUUACCUUCA